AUGGAACUUCGAAGUAAGAUUGUUGGACAUCUAAUAAACGAGCUGCGGCAGGCGCAUAUCGAGGAAGUUCAGUUUGACGAUGAUCGCGAGGAUGAUAUCUUUACCAUUGUCCUAUACUGGUAUCUCAAGGACAACUCAGCCAAAUUCCUUCUGGAAAGGCAAAAGGCAAGAGAACAUAUAUGGUCCACGACCCUCUUCUCGGGGUUUGAGAGACGCUCUUCCCGGUCAAUCGCACAUACCACCGAGCGAGCUUUAGAGUACUGCUCGCCACUUGCCCCUCGUUUUAUUAGACGCGAGUCACUUUGCGCGCCCAACUCAUUCUAUGGAGAAAGAGAUCCUCAGACAGGACAACUCAACCAGCCUUAUGACUACUCGGAUGAUGAAGGCCAGCCCACCGACCUUGAAGAUGACACCAAUGGUGGAUUCAUUACGGAAGAGGAUAAAAGCGAGACAGAGGGGUACUUGCAAGAGGAGCUGUCGAAGAUGUAUCUCCCUUACGUUGAGAAGCCCAUGAAGUACGGCAAGCGUGCCAACCGCGACGAUGAUUCUGGUGAUAAACAUGCCAAGAAAGAUAAUAGCGAGACAAAGAUGCCCUCGCAAGAGGAGAUGUCGAAAAGGUAUCUCGCUCGUGCUCAGAAACAAAUGAGUUACGGCCAGCGCGCUAGGCCAGAUAUCAAUUCACAAGAAGAAUCCAUCUUGCUAGAGGAACCUCUCCAAAACAUCGCAAAGAUACAUACCACACAGGCUCUUAUUCAUUUGCUUGAAAGGACAAAUGAAGAAUUUCAUGAAAGAUAUGGAAACAUUCUAAGCCGCAUUGGAAUGCUGUCGGUGAAAGAAAUCCUACAGGAUGCUUUUACCCCGGAAAUAAGGUCAUUGUUUUCGGCCCUAGAGUCAGGCUCCAUUGGGCUAGAUGAGUAA